AUGGAGGGCUAUAACUUGGGUGUGAGAAAAGGAGCUUGGACUGGAGAGGAAGAUGAUCUUUUGAGGCAGUGCAUUGAGAAUCAUGGAGAAGGAAACUGGCACCAAGUUCCUUACAAAGCAGGAUUACGCAGAUGCAGGAAGAGCUGUAGACUAAGGUGGUUGAACUAUUUGAAGCCAAAUAUCAAGAGAGGAGACUUUAUGGAAGAUGAAGUAGAUCUAAUAAUUAGGCUUCACAAGCUUUUAGGAAACAGGUGGUCAUUGAUUGCUGGAAGGCUUCCAGGAAGGACAGCGAAUGAUGUGAAAAAUUAUUGGAACACCCGACUGCGGAUGGAUUCUCGCCUGAAAAAGGUGAAAGAUAAACCCCAAGAAACAAUAAAGACCACCGUAAUAAGACCUCAACCACGAAGCUUCAUUAAAAGUUCAAAUUGUUUGAGUAGUAAAGAACCCCAUAUUCAAACAGUUGAGAAUUGUAGUACGCCAUCACAAACAUCACCAUCAACAAAGAAUGGAAAUGAUUGGUGGGAAACCUUUUUAGAUGACGAGGAUGCUUUUGAAAGAGCUACAUGUUAUGGUCUCGCGUUAGAGGAAGAAGGGUUCACAAGUUUUUGGGUUGAUGAUAUGCCACAAUCGAAAAGACAGUGUGCCAAUGUUUCAGAAGAAGGACUAGGUAGAGGUGAUUUCUCUUUUAACGUGGACCUUUGGAAUCAUUCAAAACAAGAAUAG